CCAAUCUCAAAAAACCCCAAGUUUAAUUCAUAAAACUCAAAUACUCCAUAUCAGAUACGUAGUAUUUAUUAAAACAAUUCAGACGAUAAUGAUCCGUAUAAAUUUCAACUUCUAAUUUCCAAAAAGCGAUGUAGGAUCUCCAAUUAGGUACUCCGUAAUAAUUUCAUUUUGCAGUCCCUUGGCAAUUUCUUUCAAAUUUACCCCAAUUUUAUUUUUGGAAAAAAAAAACAAAAGAAGCCGGCGUGCCUGUUAGCCUUCUUAGCCAGGGGACGGGCGGAGACAAAGGAAGGCGGUCUGGCAACUCCAGACUUGCCGCGAGUGGUGGGGAACGACGAGUGCUGCAGCGAAGGUGGAGGUUUCUCAUCAUUAUUCAUCCCCCAUUUGGCCAUUUUUCUCUAGUCCAUACUCCAUAUCAUCUCCACACCCACAUUAAUACAUUAUCAAGCUUUAUAUCUCAUUUUUUCCUUACAAAAAUGAUAUUUUUUUAAAAGGGCAUGGUAGAAGUACAUUAAAAUAAGAGCAUAGUUCUAUUUUCUCUGCGUGGUGGUGAUCUUAUUUCUCUCGUCGGAAAUCUACUACGACGAUGGCAGAUAGAGAAGAACAGACCUACAAGCAGGAUCCUCUGUUCUUGCAUAAUUCUGAUCAUCCAAGCAUGGCGCUUACAUCUACCAAACUUACAGGAGCAAAUUUCAUCCCUUGGAGUCGAUCAAUCAAAAUUUCCCUGAUCUCUAAGAUGAAAUUAGGGUUCAUCGAUGGUACUUGCAGAAAACCUGCUAUUGGAUCGCCAAAUUAUGCACAAUGGGAACGAUGUGACAAUAUGGUCUUCAGCUGGAUCCUGAAUUCCAUUCAGAGCGAUUUAGCAGAGGCCUUCCUGUAUGCUUCUUCAUCAGUGGAGCUUUGGAAAGAGCUUGAGGAGAGGUUCGGACAGAGCAAUGGUCCUUUGAUCUAUCAGAUCGAGAAGAAGAUUGCGGAUCAACAACAAAAUAAUGAUUCAGUUGGCACAUAUUUCACAAAACUCAAAAAACUAUGGGAUGAAAUGGACAAUGUUACCAAUCCUGUAGUCUGUGAAUGUGGAGGUUGUACCUGUGAUGCCAAAAGGAAGGUUGCAGAGGCUGAACAACGAAGAAGGUUAGUAAAAUUUAUGAUGGGACUCAAUGAUGGUUUUGAUAUGGUUAGAGGACAGAUACUCUUAAUGCCUGAACAUCCGUCCCCUAGCAAAGCAUGUAGUCUCGUACAACAGGUUGAAAGACAGAAGAGUAUCACCAGUGUGUCUGCCAUUAGGACUGAGAUGGCAGCAUGUGUGAACAAUGAUGGUACAGACUAUCAGAAUACUGCCCUGUAUGCAGGCAAGGGUGGACAGAAGCAAUUUUCUUACAACAAGAAUGAUCCAAGAAAACACAAAAGGGUGUGUGAUUACUGUAAGGAAUCUGAACAUUUGAAGGAUCAAUGCUUCAAAUUAGUUGGCUAUCCUGAAUGGUUCAAAGGACCCAAGGGCAAAAAAGGACAAAAUUUUUAUGGAGGAAAUAAAUUUGCAGCAAAUAUCAUGACUCAUACCCAUGAUAGCCAAGCUGAAACACCUUUGGAAGACAUGGGGGUUCUUCACAGCAACCCAACAUUCAUUCAGAAUGUGGCACAAGAAAUGAUGAAGAUGAUGACUGAUAAGGUUAAUUCAAAGUCAUCAGAAGGUGUUCCACUCAAUGCUUAUGCACACUUGGCAGGUAACAACUGGCCCAUAGCUUCUAGUGUAAUGAAACUAGAAUCUUCUAAAGCUUGUUAUAUGAAUGUUGAUGAUACAGUAGAAUGGAUCAUAGAUACAGGUGCUUCUGACCAUAUGACACCUUUUGAACACAUAUUUGAUGAGAUGCACACCCUUGUGAAGCCUAUAAUGGUAACUCUUCCAGAUGGGAGUCAUAAGGCUGUUUCUAAAGCAGGACAUGUAACUUUUCCUCAAAACCUAGUGUUGACUGAUGUGUUAUAUGUCCCUGAAUUCAAAUUCAACUUGAUCUCUGUGAGCAAACUCAUUGAUACCCACAAGCUCAAUGCUCAGUUUCUGCCUAAUGAAUGUGUCUUUCAGGACCUUUUAACUGAGCAAGUGGAGCCGGGGGUCUCUUGGAAACAGCCUCCCUACUUCCGAGUAGGGGCAAGGUCUGCGUACAGACACCCUCCCCAGACCCUACUGAUGUGAGAUUCAACUGGGUUGUUGUUGUUGUUGUUUUUACUUUCUGGCACAAACGGCACAAUGUCAGAAAUACUAAUGUACUCCUUAUACUACUGAUGUGUUACUGCGAAGAGUUACUUGGUUAGAAACUCUCCAGUUGAUAGAAUAUUUGUCAUAUUAUUUCAAAGAACACUUGGAAUUUGGAAACAACAAAAAAGAUGUCAUAUU